CCCCCCCCCCCCCCCAAAAAAAAAGUGUAUAUAUAUAUAUAUAUAUACAGUAUAUAUGUAUAUGUAUGUAUAUAUGUAUAUAUAUAAAAUACAUAUGAAUACAGAACUUUUUUUAUAUAAAAAAAAAAAACUUGACAGAACAUCAUUGUGAUGAUCAAGACUCUUCUGCCUUGUAUUUAGCAAACAUCAACUGCUUGUAUUGUUUAUGAAUGUGCUCAUCUCUGUACAUUGUUUGACUUCCUUACUCAAUCCGUUCCAUAAUUUAAUUCCACACACGGAAAUGCUGUGGCUUUUCAGCCUUGUUCUCGCAUAUAAAUGUUUUAAGUUUAAUUUUCCUCUAAGAUCAUAUUUUUUUUCCCUUUAUUGAAUGCCAAAUAACAUUUCGCUGAGGGCCCCAGUUGGUCAGGGGCGGCCCUUUUUGCUGGAUUCUGUGGAUUUGAACAAGUUUGAGCACUGAAAUUGCAAUCAGUGAGAUUUGAGUGCAUUGCCAAUGAAGGUGAUUGAACCCAAAUAUAGUGUGGAGGUCUGUGGUUGACUUUACCCAAUAUUAAACAUCACAAACAGUAUGCUGCCCUCUAGUGGUAGCUGACGGUGAACUUGUACUCAUUAAUUGACUGGACGUUCACUUCAUAUCAGGCACGUUCCUUUUUAUUGUCAGACACUGAAAUGAUUGAUUUUACUUCCUGUCACGGAUGACCUGCGGUGCUGAAACGUGGCCCGUGCCGCCCCCUUGUGGUCUGCAAGUGACAUCAUCCCCUAUCGUGAAUAAUAAAUAGUAAUAAUAAACAAUUUAUCUACAAAACAUUGUUUCCAAAUUAAGUGUAUUGAUGAAUAAACAGCAAAUGCCCAACAGGUGUGCAACGUUACAGAUUUAACAUUUAACAUGAAGGACAAUUUAACAAGCAAGCAGGACUCCAAUGUGUAAUAUAAUUGGAUAUAACUUGAUGAAUGCAUGCAGGGGAUGUGAACCAGCUUCCUUUGGCUUCCUUUCAGCAUUCACACAAUAACAAGGAAAAACCGCCACUAAUGAAAAGGUUUGCCACAACGUGCCAACACUGCCAUCUCGUGGUCACAACGAGAUACAGCAUUUGCAAACAAUACAGACUUUAUGGCAAAGAUGAAUAGACAGUUGCUACAGUUGAUUCCUUUAUUUGAAGAAGAAGAAGCGGAAGAAUGAACAGAUGAGAAAUGCUGCAAAGCUUUGUGAUUCGUCGAGAGGUGACGGCGAUUGGAGGACUUCCGUCUGUAGUAUUCUGAUAUACCACGUGAUGAAUGCACACAGGGGAUUUCAACCAAGCGCCUUUUGGUUACAAACCACAUGCGUCACCAGCCAACCCAUGUCCCUGCUGCAGACACAGCAGAAUGAUUCAGUCAUAGAACAUGUCAAUAAAUGAUGGUCACCAGCAGAGGGCGCCCUUUAAAAUGCCCAUUCAUUUUCAAUGGGAAAGAUUUAGCAGAAAAUAUGAAUUUACACUAAAUGUGGGAAUAUUUGGAAAAGUCUGAUUUGGUAGCACACUUGUCCCGAGUGAGCUGAACAUUUUGAUGUUAGAUUUGUUUGAAUUGGGUGAGAAAUGGAGGAGUAGUUAGCUGGCAAAAGAGAGACGGAAGAAUAAAGAGAAUAAAAAUGGAGCACUAUUGCAUAUGUGGGAAUGCUUUCACCCUUCACACAAUUAAACUAUCAACAAAGACAAAAAGCGCCGCACGGUGAACGAGUGGUUAGCAUGUUGGCCGCACAGUCGGGAGAUGGGAAGAUCUGGGUUGGAAUCUCCGUUGGGCAUCUCUGUGUGGAGUUGGCAUGCUCUCCACGUGCGCGCGUGGGUUCUCUGGGUACUUAAAAGACAAGAGUGCAGCCGUAAGAGCCAGCUUUGAGUCAAUUCUUACAUUUAAGUCAAUUAUGUUACGUUCCUGUGAGUUAAAUUGAUAAAUUCAAGAGAUUCAAGAGAGUUUUAUUGUCAUGUGCAUGGUAAAACAGCAGUUAUACUAUGCAAUGAAAGUCUUAUUCUGUUCAUUCUCCCAAGAAAAGAAAGAAAACACAAGAAAGAAUAAGAACAUAAGAAACAUAAACACAUAAACAUAAAUACCAAUAAAUUAAGCAACAAAACAGAAGAGACAUUAAUACAAAUAAAUAAUACAAACAAAUAAAGUGCUAUGAGUGUGUGCUUGUGUUGUGUGUGGCGUGUGUGAGUGCUUCGUUGAGAAACCUGAUGGCCUGUGGGUAAAAUGGGGUAUGUAAAUGUGGGUAAAUGCUGACAUUUACAAUAUUACUGUAUUUGCAGGACUUGUUUACAUUGAUACGUAGAUCAAUCCCACUGAACUCUAUAACUGGAAUGGCCCCGUUCGCUUGCUGCGCAUUGGAGGCCUGAAGCCACCGGAAGUAUAAAAGUCGCCAUGUUGUUUCACCCAAAACAAGAAAGCCUCACAACUAACAGGAGUUCGAGAUGGCGUCUUGUGCUGCUAAUAAUUGCACAAAUCGUGAUACUCGUGAAAAUCGCGAGAAGGGACUUACAUUUCACAGGUAGGUAAAUGCUUAUCAAUAAUAAAAAUAGUUAAUAAAAUAGAUACUUUAAAUCUGUAAGCAUCUUUUCAUCUAAGUACAGUCAAACCUGUCUUAGCGGCCACCUUUAUAGAAGGGCUACCUGCCUAUAGCAGCCACUGAAAAAUCCCCCCUAGCAAAUUUACAUGUUAUAGACCCUGUCUAUCGCAGUCACCUGUCCAACGCAGCCAGCAGCCACCCAUUUUGUCUCCCUUGGUCAAUAUCUGACUGCAUAUAGCAGCCAGAUUACCCAAGUAGAAGCUUCAUGCACAAAAAAGUUUCGUUUUUCAAUCAAUGAAGCCGUCGUGUGUAGACUUUAAUUAGUGAGUCCUAACUCAGUCACAAUCAUUCACAAGAUCCACACAAACUGUCAGUUGUUCCACAUAAAAAAGCCGUCUUCUUUUGAGUUUGCUAUUUCCUGGUCAAACAUGUAACUUUCAGAGCAUUUGCACCAAAACAUUACCGCAAAGUAUGCUGGGAACAGGAUGUGCUCCCAGCGACGCUACAAUAAAAAAAAAAAAAAACAUAUGCUAGCAUGCAUGUGGCAGCGGGAGUAAAACUGAGUUCGGUUGUACUUAAUUGAAGUAUUUUAUCAGUUAUCAGUUAUUAUUAAGCAUCUAGCUUCCUUUUAGUAAGUAAAAACCUUGGCUAUGACUGCACUACAUUGUCAUGUAGACCUACAAAGUACACUUGGAAGAACAAGAGGUGAAUAAAUGUAUUGCAACUGAUGUGAAACUGAUGAGGGGUAGGAUUAAAUAAGCUUUGCUUCUUCCUACUCCUUUUUGGACAUGCAAAAUUGUGAAUUGUACUAUGUGAUGUGCUACUGUUUGACUCAUAUGCAUGUUCAGGAUGAAUUAAAACCAUGAACCAUGAUAAUAACAAGUCUAGUAGUGCUGUACAACUUUUAUCAGCAGUCCGCAGUGCCAUCUACUGGUCAACAUUAUUAUUUUUUUCCUCUACUGGUCAACAUUCAAACUGGACGCCAACCUGUCUAUAGAGGCCACCUGUCUAUAGCGGCCACUUUUGCAAACUCCCUCUAGUGGCCGCUAUAGACAAGUUUGACUGUAGUUGUAAAUGAGCCCUUAUUCUCCUUUAGAUUUCCACACUGCAGUGCUCAACUUCUAAAGCAAUGGGUAGUAAAUAUGCGGAGAGACAGGUGGAUUCCUGCAGCCAGAUCGCAACUCCGGUCAAGUCAUUUCACUGAGGAGAACUUCGACAGUACCGGCCACACUGUUAGAUUACGACAAAAUGCAGUUCCAACAAUAUUUGACUUUCUUGAUCAUCUUCUAAAGCAGGGGUAGGGAACCUAUGGCUCGGGAGCCAGUUGUGGCUCUUUUGAUGACUGCAUCUGGCUCUCAGACAUUUCUUAACACCAUAAAAUGUGUUUAUUUUAAUUUGUUUUCCUGACAUUUUAAAGUAAAACAUUACAGAAACAGAAACAUUACAAAAUUCAAAAUAUGCAUUGUAAUGCAUUUUAACCCAUCCAUUUUUUUUUCUAGCGCAAUGCCAGCUGUCCUUCCCAUGUUUUCCGUGUCAGACACCAAAACUUGAUUAUUAUUGGGGUUGUCCCUCCUUUAAUCAAACCUUCUUUAAUCAAAUAGUCAGCUAGCUAAUUGUGAAGAGACAACCCUUUUGAUGAAAAAGGAAAAGAAAGAAAGAUACGGAGUAGGUCACAAAACCAUGCAGCACCAGAAGUUGCAUUAAUGGUAAAAAGUUAUUUAUUAUUGGUUAGCUUCAAUAUAACAACAUUAUUACAAAGAAUACAUUCAGAGACUGAUAUUCUAAAAUUGCUAGUAUUCCUUAAAUACUGUAUACACACAUUUGGUUGUAUUCGGUGUUAAAAAAUAUGAUAUGGCUCUCACGGAAAUACAUUUUAAAAUAUGUGGCUUUCAUGGCUCUCUUAGCCAAAAAGGUUCCCGACCCCUGUUCUAAAGGUAUGCUAGCAUUUAACUUUGAUACUACGUAGAUCCCUAUCAUAACAAAUACCUUGUCAACACUGAAAUUAACUUAUUAUGCAUUGUAAUUUCACACCAUAGAGGUAGGAAAAACUUUAAACUGGAGGGACAUUUUGAGAUUUGGGUCUAGUAAAUUUACUCUGUUUCAAUGGAAUUUUUUGUUAAUUCGUGUUAAUUUUUAUACCGAACCAUAAUAAAUGUAGUGAAUGAAGAUACAUGUAUGUGUAUGCGUGUGUACUUUUUUGGGUGAAGCAAGAUGGCCGACCAAUGGCUUCAUGCGGUCAGCAGGGACGCCCCUUCCAGUAGUAUAGCGUUCAGUGAUCGAUCCUAAUGAGGAACCAAUGUUUGCCAGUGUAUGUGUUUCUGUAAGACGUUAAUGAUUGGUGCACACCAAGACGUCACCAAGCCGAAGAGCAAGUUGCUGCUGUAACUCUCAGAAGACGCUAUUGUACUCCUCUCUAAUGUAAAUGAAUCAUCUUGAAGGUGUUUAAAUACGAUGCUGUUCUCAAUGAAUGUGCUAUUGUUAGCCGCUAACGUUAGCCCGCUAGCUGGUCUAUGUAGUACAGGGGUGUCCAAACCUUUUCCAGCGAGGGCCACAUAGUGAAAAAUGAAAGGAUGCAACUGUGCUACUUUGAUAUUUAGUAAACAACACAUGUAGAUAUGCUAGGAAGCUACAGUACAUGUAGCACCUGCAUUUCACCUUUGGAACAUAUCUGGAAUGGAGGAGAAAUGGGGCUGCACGGUGGUCUAGUGGUUAGCAUGUUGGCCAACACAGUAACAGCCUGGAGAUCGGGAAGACGGUUCGAUUCUCCCUUGGGCAUUUCUGUGUGGAGUUUGCAUGUUCUCUCUGUGUGUGUGUGUGGGUUUUCUCCGGGUAUUCCAGUUUCCUCCCACAUUCCAAAAACGUGCAUGUUAGGUUAAUUGGAGACUCUAAAUUGCCCAUAGGUGUGUGAGUGUUGUUUGUCUAUAUGUGCCCGGCUGUCGCCCAAAGUCAGCUCCAGCAUGCCCCCGCAACCCUAAAGAGGAAGAAGCGGUAUAGAAAAUGGAUGGAUGGUAGGAGAAAUGCGACUAAAAAUCACCUUUUUUCCAAAAUAACACCAGUUUAUUCUUGGAAAAUUAACACUUUUGUUCUUCACUCCAUUUCUUAAUAUUUUGACUUUAUUCCCGUAGAAUUACAGCACUUUUUACAUUUCUAGUGUUUUUUUUAAUUUUCCAACUACUAUUUAAUUUCGGCUUUCCUCUUGUAAAUGUUCUUCUUGUAAUUCUUACUUUAUUCCCAUAAUAUGUUUUAUCUUUUAAACAAUGUAUGUUUUCUUUAUUUCAACGUUGUUACUAAAAUGAUAUUUUUCCUCAUCUUAGGAAAAGUUAUUUCUCAUAAAAUUGCAACUUUUUUCUCAUUAGAAAACUAUUUUUUUCUCUUAAUAUUUUGACUUUACUCUGGUAAAAUUUCUGCUGUUGAUUUUUAAAAAUAAUUUUCCAAACAGUUCAACUUUCUUCUUGUAUAUUUCUUCUCUUGAUAUUUGGACUUUAUUGCCAUGUUGUACAUUUUCCCCCAUCCUAAAUUUCCAAAUAUGACAACUUUCAUUGUUCGUUGUUUUUUCUUGAAUAUUUCAACUUCCUGCUACUAAAAUGACAUUUUUCCUCCUACUAUGACUUUAUUCUUGUGAAAUGAUGUUUUUUUCCUUGCUGGAUUACAACUCUUCUCUUCAUAUUUGGACUUUUGAUUGAUUUUCCCAUUUUUGCUGCUGUUUUUUUAUGAAGUUUCCUUGUUAAAUGACAUUUUUAGACUGUGGUGCGGGCCGCACUUUGGACACCCCUGAUGUAGGACAUGCAAAGCCAUGGUUUGUGUUGUAAAUACUGGUUUUCCUAUUUCUGCUGGUCCUUCUUACUUGGGCCACUCUUUUUGGAAUAUUACCCCAAUGCCUACCUUUUGGUUCUCUGUCCCGUUCCUCCUGCCACGUCUUCAUAAGCCUUUCUUUCCCAAGUGGCUUCAUUUCAGCUUGACUCUACUGAAUAUUCAGCCCUACUUGUGCUGUCUUGGCAUAUGUACGUGCCAACUCCUUCCCCUCCGCUCCUGGAUGUUCUGGCCCCCAUAACAGAGUCAUUGUUAGCUGCUUUCUUUAUCCUACUAAUAGUCUGGAGAUUUGAUGUGAAUCAGGGGUCACCAAUGUGGUGCCCGCGGGCACCAGGUAGCGCCCCACGACCACAUGAGGUGCCCGCAAGCCUGCUUUUCAUUCAGGUUUUCAGUUAAUAAUGAAAGAACACUAGAAAGAAAUGCAUUGUGAAAUACAAAAUGUGAGUUGUGGACACCAGCAUUUUGUUCAUGUUCUGGUGAAACAAGCAUAUUCGCUUUGUUUGGGUUUAAAAUAAGCUCUGAAAAUAAAUGUUACAAAAAUGAGUAGCUCUUGGCCAUUUUCAUUUUGUAAAAGUAGCUCUCACAAGGAAAAACGUUGCUGACCUCUGGUGUGAAUGAUUGCAUUCAUUUCAUGUUGACUUGUAAUGACGGCAUUUCAACACCAGGUGGCGCCGUAGGCGAAGUGACAUGAGAAAGCCAUUUCCAAUUACCGCUCUUCUUCUACUGGUCAGAUCAGAACCCAUCUGCAGCAAUGUCAAAGAAAAGAAAAGUCACAGUGAGUGAGGGUGUUUAACAAAGAAAUACUUUUUUACUGAAGUCUGGUCCAAGGCUGUAUGUCUUAUUUGCCAAGAAACCGAAAAGAAUACAACAUCAGCCGUCACUUUUCCACCAAGCAUGCUCAUUACGCCAGCAACCUUUCAACACAAGAACGUGCGUCUACCGCUGACAGGUUGUUGCUAGCAUGCAGGCUCAGAAAAACACCUUUAUUGGAGCAACUUCCAUCCAAGAAGCAAGCACGAAGACAAGCUAUUUACUGGCAUUCAAACUAGCAAAAGCCAGCACGCCUUCCUCCGAAGGGGAGUUUCUUAAAGAGUGCACGGUAGAGACAGCAAGUAUUUUAUGUCCAAAUUUGAAAAAAUUUAUCACGCAGGUCAGUGACUCGCCGUAUUGAAGUAAUUGACGAACACUUAACUAGCAAGAUAAACAAACAAGCGGAGUCAUUUACAUGAUAUUCUUUGGCACUGGAUGAAAGCAAUGAGCUUUUCAUUUUUAUCAGAGGGAUUCAUGAGAAUUUUGAGAUAACGGAAGAGUUUUCGGAUAUGGAAUCCCUGAAAGGAAAAACACGGGGAGAGGAUUUAUUUACCAGCGUGUCAGCAAUCAUACGGAGGCACAAGUUACCUUGGAGUACGCUUGCCAACGUUACCACACAUGGAUCGCCAAAUGUGACAGGAAAAAAACGUGGGGAUGCUCAAGAGAAUUCAGGACAGGUGAAAGAGGACAACCCUGACCAGGAGGUCAUGUUUCUACACUGCAUAAUUCACCAGGAAGCGCUGUGUACAUCCGUGUUGUAGCUUGACCACGUAGUGAAGCCGGUUGUGAAACUCGUUAACUUUAUUCCAGCGAGGGGACUUCACCAUCGUCAGAUGAUUAAUUUUCUUGAAGGAACUGGCGCGGAUCACACGGACUUAAUUUACCAUUCUAAUGUCCGCUGGUUAAGUUUGGGAAAAGUAUGUCAACGUGUGUGGGAGCUCAAACAGGAGAUGAUUUGGUUUUUGGAGCUACUUGAGAAUACUGACACAUUUCCUGAGCUGAAUGCCACAGUUUGGCUUUGUGAUGUAGCUUUUAGUGUGGACGUCCUGGCACACAUGAACCAGCUGAAUGUGAAGCUACAAGGGAAAAAACAGUUUGUGCAUGAAAUGCAAGCCAACGUCAGAGCCUUCAAAGCCAAGCUGCUUUCAUUUACAGGCAAAUGUACACACACACACACACACACACACACACACACACACACACACACACACGCAGAAAAAAAGUCUAUAUUCUAAACAAUUGUUGUUUGAGCCAGGAACAAAAGAAAGAAAGGGGAAAGCGCAGGAACGCACGCGUGUACGCAGUCUCGGAAAAACUGGACAAUUAGCAGGAAGCUGAGCAGGAAGCGGGGCGGGAAAUAGGCCGUUGGAGCGCUAGCGCCCCCCCAUUGCAGUACCUAACCGUGACAGGAUAAAACAAAAGAUUAAAUUUGUCAUUUGAAGUACAUAAGUGAGGUAAUCCUACAUAUAAAAAUGUACAUUUUUGUAUAAAAACAUAUAAAAGUGAAUAAAAACAAAAGACACAUGGUUUUUAGUGUAACCAUGUCAAGAAAGCCAUGGAUAUUUUUCUACGUGAGGCCUCGUUUCCUUGCUCCUCAUCGUCGUCCUGAAUGCGACCAAAGCAUGCUUUCUCCAUCAGGUGGUGUAUUAUUGCUUCGGCAGCACCAAGAAGUCUCUCUGUACUUCUAACAAGGCAUCCUGGUUCUACACAUGACAGCUGCUGAAGUGCGGUUGUCAGGGAAGGACGGAAAACGCUGUCAACUACCCUGCUGUAGUGGUUGAUGUAAAAGACACUUCCUCGUUCAUGGAGACAUGAAUGCUGCAACUGGCUUGGAUGUUCUAUGAUGCAGCCGUUGCAUUCAGAUCGUGCUAUUUCCCACGCUACCUGAUUCAAACAUUUGUUCAGUAAGGUUUGGAAGAGGGUGAUGAUGUUUGCAGUGAAUCUUGUCGCCCUUCCAACGUCUUCAGACGGGGUUACGUCGUCGUGCCGAUAAACGGGCACGUAGGUCGAUUCAUUGUCGGCAUAACCCCAAGUUGUGGGGACAUUGUCGAGGUUGGUGCAUUCAGCCGUCUUAUUGUGUGGAUCCUUGAUGAGUCCUGUAUGAUUGUAAAGAAAAUAAUGACAUUAGAAAUCAAACAAACAACAAGAUGAACUGUAUUGAUGAGAAAGUAUGUUUUGCUAUGAGUGAUGCAUCUGUUGUUUAGCAGCAGUCUUACCAAUCUGCCCGGCAACACAGGAGUAUCAAGCAUAUUUGAAGAUAAUGUCAGAGAUGAAAAGGAAAUCUAUAUCAUACAGUACAUAUAUAUCUACACAUGAUAUUCUAUAUCUAAUGAGCACUCUUUAAAAACAAAUAUUAGUCAAUGUUUAGACAAUAGUGUUUUACAUAAGGUUAAAAUACUGUUAUAGGACUUUCUUAUGAUAGGAAUGUUCUCAAUGAUGGAUGAUGGGUUUGUGGUCAUCAGUAAAGGUGAAUAUUACCUGAAGACUUCUCAAAUAAAAAAAUCAAAUAAUGUCUCUGCUUUAGUAUUUGAAUGCUUACAGUAUGCCGGCGAUGUGUUUGGAAAAUAAAUAAAUAAAUUUAAAAAAGCGUAUUGUGCUUACGACCCCUGCUGAGAGAAUGGCAUGAUUAUACAUGAUACAACAAAUGGAGCAUCCUGUCCUAUCAGGCACAUACGCAUAUCUAACUGAAAGAACCUUUAAAAUUGCUGCUAGUGAUGUAUUCGUCAAAUGUGUAACUGAAGUAGUACCCCCAUACUGCAUCAUAUCAGUACUUCUGUAGGAUUUCAUACAGAAUGCACGGGUAGCAUGCAUAUUGUGUCAUUACCACCCCUUGAACGCCAUGUUCUAACUGGAAUAAAAAGAAAAAAUGAAGAAAGAAGUAAAAGAGAGGUCAAAAUGAAUAGUACACAUAUGUACUAAUUAACUGUGAUUAAAAAGGACACAAUGAAAAUCAUCAAUAGAACUCAUACAAAACAUCCUAUCUGGACAACUAGACAAUGAAUAACAAUAACAACCUCUAACCAAUCUCUCCGGGUGCAUUAAAAGGUAGCAGUUUAACUGUGAAAAACUACAUUUUGGACAAUGCAAAAACACUACAUUUGGACAAUGCAAGUAAAAAAAUUAAUAUUGAAAGUCAUUUUUAAACUGACAUGGAAUACACGCUGAGAUAGGCUGGAAGCGGAGGAGGCGCCGUGGGGGAUACUCGCACCAGAGAAAUGGGUGGUGAAAGGAUAUAUUUGUCACGAUCUAUGAGAUAGCCCGCGUGACAGUUUAGUGUGUUUACACUUUUAUGCCUUAGUUCCUGUUCUAUGCUCUUAUUUUGGUAGUACUUCCUGUUUUGCCUGGUUUGUGUCCGCCUGCUUUGCUUUCUUCUUUAUCUCUUGCACCUGUUGCUAAUUUGAGUUGUCCUUCUAUUUAGUUCAGGUGUGUGCAUCUUUCUUUGUUGUUGCAUUGUCGGUGUUUGUGUUCGUGUAAGCCUGACACGCUACUGCAAAGCUUUCUUUACUGAGUUCCUGCCGCUGCGCUGCAGCCAUCAUUAAAAGAUAAGUUUUUCCUGCAACUAGUGCCUACUUUCUGCAUACUGGGGUCAUCGCCACUAUGCCAAAAACAAGACGUGACAGAAUGCAACAACCAGAAGAAGAUGACCUCGCACAGAGCGAUUUCUGGACCUGGCAGAUCCUAAAGGCUAUGGAAGAGGAGUGCACGAUGUUCUCUCCAGAGGAGCUGGAGGACAUGGUGUGGGGGCCUGUGAGAAAGGGUGAUGGGUUUGUGUUGUUCUGAACAUUCAUUUCCCAGGAUACGAAUGUGAGAAAGGGUGAUGGGUUUGGGAAGUAUCUUGUUAUUGUUAUCUGCUGACCUUGCCUACCAGGUGCUUGUUAUGUACUGAGGAAGACAGGACACUCAUAUAACCAAACUAGGUUGCCUGGCGCCUGUUUUGUUAAAAACAGUAACUCUGUGUGCGAAUGCCUGAGUUUCGGGGCCGGCCACCCCGUUCUCACGCUCGCACGAACAGACUGGCAUAAAGAGGGGAGAGCGAAAACACCUAGACGGAGUCUGCUGCGGGUUGUGAUUGAACGCCCAGCCGAUUGACGCGAACUCUUCCACGGGUGUUGGCUCUCCACCCUGUUGGCGUAGGUAAGAGGCUUUUUCGCUGCAAUCAUAUAUCUUGUGUGUUGAUGCUUAAAUAAAUACGCCCUUGUUUAGGCUAAAAUACCUUGAUGUGUCUGUGUCAUUCUGUGUGCCGACUGAACACGAUCCUCUAAAAAUAUUCUAAAACAUUUUUGGCGUUGUCGGCAGGAUCCACGUUCAGCUGCAUGCAGAAUGGCUUUGUGCUGUAUAAGAAAAGUGAAAAAUACAGAUGUCCUCACCAUGGAGGAAGUGUUGUCAGGGUGGGUAGCCCCUGACGAGGUGAAAGGGAUAGGCGCCAUCUUACAACGCGGGGGACGCCCUGGGCCGUGGGCUGGCAAUAUCCCUGUAGCAAGCGCUGAGGUGCUGUUACGAAUGUUGAACAAGGUUGAAUAUAACGAGGAGGCACCCUUGAGGGGAACUCGGGAGAGUUUGUGGAUCUGUGCAGAGGCAUGGAAGGAGCGUAAUCUAGCGGUGGCGAAGGCCAACGCUCAGACGGCGCAACAGACCAAGCAGCUGCAGGAUAAGGAAAAAGAGUUAAGGCGAAUGCAGUGCAUAAUGGAUAAGACCGUUAUGUGCCUGUCGCAAUUGAUUCGUGCCGCCCGAAAUCGUUCAUCCCGUAAAGUUGAUGCGAAGCAAGUUCGCUCCUUUGUGGCCGGGAUGAGUGAAGAUUGGGAUCCAGAGGGGUGGGAUGGGGACAUAUGGGGAGAUGACCCAGACGAGAGGCUGGGACCUCUCCCCGAUCCGCCCCCGGUUCGAAGUAUUUAUCCAUCAUUAAAGCAAUUUAAGAAAAUGCAACCUGUUACACGACGACAUCAGGUGCAAGGCAUAGCAGAUAUGAGGCAGAUGGUGGACGCACAGGGGCAGCCUGUGAUAGGAGCAAACGGGCGGCCUGUGAUGGAGCCUGUGCUUGAGAUGCAGGAACAACGGUUGAUUCAGGAGGACUUUACACAAGAUGAGGUGACUCUGAUUUUGUCGAGAUAUAAACAAAGACCAGGAGAGGCGUUGGACACGUGGCUGCUGCGUCUGGCUGACGAUGGGGCCGAUGCUAUAGCUGUAGAUUCGGGAGAUUGUGUCAGGUUUUCUGGAAUGUCGUCCGACCCGUCGGUCAAUACAGAAUACAGAAUAGUGGGACGGCUGAUAGGGGAUGGAGAAAGUUUGCCACUGUGUUUAUUGUAUGCUAUGGCUGCCCAUGAAGUGUACCCCACGCCUGGGGACUGGCCGCUGUUGACUGGUACCUGGCAUACCUUGCGGGAUGCAGCGCAGCAGAUGGCGCGGCUAUGUUUGAGGGAGUCAGUGUCACGGGAUUCAGACCAUUUUAUUAAUGACAAGGAAGUGUCUAAGCGGGUUUGGGACGCUAUCAUACGUGAUUCGCCACCGCAAUAUAGAUCCGCGGUGUUAACAGUGUUGCUAGGAGCACAAGACUUGACGUGUGCUGCUGUGCGAAUGAGGUUGAUGGAGUUAGCAGGACUUGGGGAUUGGGGUAUGACGGCUUCUGAGCCAAGUAAGCUCCCCCAAACCCGAGAAGAGCGUAAGCCUUUCGUGAAGAAGAGUGGUAGCGGAGCUACCAGGACUGAGAUGUGGAAGGCUUUGAUUAAAGCGGGAGUACCAGCAGAGGAAAUAGAUGGCAUCCCAACGAAUGCGUUAAUGGAGAAGUGUAGGCAGAAGGGCAUACAAGUGAGGUGUAAUAUGGCUCCGAGGGUGGAUCUGGGUGUGGCAGACUUGGUCGCUAUGCUGAAGGAAGUGGUCAGGCCACCUCCUACAGCGCCACCCCGUUCAAGAGUGGAAGAUCAGUCUGAUGAUGAUUCCUCAGACUUGGGAGAGGAAGAAAGGUAUGUUGCUGCCGUGAGCAGAAAGCAGACCAAGAAACAGAGGAAGAAGGAGAAAAGAGAUAGGCGAAGGCGUGACAGGGAGGAUGAAUAGGAUGAAGGCCAAGCCCAAGUCCUUAAGACUACCUGGUCCGCCACGGAUAUACGGCCUCAUGUAGAAUUAGAAAUUUAUUGGAAGAAAUCUGUACAAAAGGUAACAGCGUUGGUGGACACAGGGGCUGAGGCCUCGUUGAUUAGUGGAAAUCCGGACAAAAUUAAAGGAAAAAUCGUGCCCCUAACGGGAAUUGGGGGACAAGUAGUGUACGGGAAAAGUAUAACACUACCACCAAAAAUCGGACAAACGCCCAUUAAAAAGUAUACCGUUGUAGUCACUCCCAUAAAGGAGUGGAUAGUGGGAAUGGACAUUUUGACAGGAAUGACUUUGCAUUUAAGACACGGGAAGUUUAUGUUUGGAGAUCUUAGGAAAAUAAAGUCUGUUUUGGUGGGAAAAGUGCACAUGGCACCAUUCCCCAUACUGUACCUGAAGCGACGACGUUAAUCUCCAUGAAACAAUAUAGAAUCCGUGGGGGUCAGGAGGAGAUUACUAAAACAAUAAAAGAUAAGGAGAAAUUGGGGUAAUUUGUAGAUUAUGGGGGGAACAACCCGUGGUUGUACAAAAAGAUGACAAAAUUGCACAGUUAAUAAUUAAACCAUGCAAUAUGACCUCAGUACAGGAGAUUACUCCACCUGAGGUUGUUACUUUUAGAAGUACUAGAGGUUUUGGUUCAACAGAUAAGGUGGGAGCUAAAGUGUGGGUGAAGCAGCGGGAUGGUCCUCCACAACCCGCUGAAAUUAUAGCACAGGGAAAUGAUGCUACCGUGAGUGUCAUGUAUUCAGGACAGGAGAAAUGGGUCAAUGUACCUGUGUCAAAAUGUUACUUAAGGUAAGAUUAGAAAGUGUAGGAUGCUAUGUCCAACUGUGCUUCUUUGUGCAGGUAAAUGAUCAACUGGAAACGCUUUACUGGAGUGCCAAGGAGGGCUCGACAUCGACAAGAUGGCUGGGGACCGCGGACCUGGUGGUGCCGGCUCUUUGGUCAUGCGCCUCCUUGCUCUUGGUGUCAUGGUGGCCCACUCUUGGGGAACAACCCAAGAAACGACACGGAACGAGUGCAGGACCACGUGAGCUGUCCGGCAGGUCAAGCAUGUCUGAUGGCCAACAUCACCAGUGACUGUAACAUCUACGUCUGUUACACAUGCCUGGCACAAACUCUUCACGUCCGAAUGGCCCAAGCUACUCAGAGGACUGUGGUGUCAUGGACAAUCAAGUUUCCAAAUCUCCCAACAUGUCAUCGACGACGUCGAGAGUGGUAUGACACGCUGCUUGGAGGGACUGGAACGGUGUUGGGGGUGUCCAACACCAUCGACGGGGAGGUCACGCGUACAGUGCUGUCGACCACUGGACAGUAUACAUCACGGGCGUUACACCAAGUUGGGGAGUGGUUACCUAACGGGAUAGGUACACAAUUAGUAAUGUCAAUUUAUGGACGCAUCAGUACAAUUGGCAAUUGACUGUUUAACGAAACCUAUCGCUCCUUAAUGAAUCUGACCCAAAUUGCCAAUUGGACUGCUUGUAAUAUGCAAAUGUUACAUGCACGCAUUCAGAAGGAAAGGUUUAUAACUGGAGUUUAUACAGGGAAUUAUCAUCAGUGGAGAAAUACUUGGAAUAUUAGUCAAAAACUAUGGCUCCAACUAUUUCCGGAACAAACUGUUUGCAAUAACACCCAAUGCAAAGGUUAUUGGUAUCACUACAAUGUAACUCAAGUGAAAACUGUAUGCCGAUAUGAAGUACUUCCGGUAAUACAUGGAUAUCAUUAUCUGCAUGUGAGUGGAGAGUGGUUUGAAGCCGCAACAAAUACGACUUAUGACACUGAUUUAUGUGAUAAAACUGAUCAAGGGAUGGUAUGUACUUUACAGAUGGGUCACGCUAAUCCAUGUUUGAGUGAUAGUCAGGUAACAUUAUGUGAUUGGAGUGUUGAGCUACCAUGAGACAACACCCACAGUUACCUUCAGCUCCAUUCGUUGGCUGUCUUAAUGAUGUACACCUGUGGCAUUGGAAUAAUCAAACGUAUUAUCUCAUCAAUUACUCCCAGGAGUCCAGAUUGUCAGCGGUGCAGUGGGAGGUUUUGCGCCACCCCUGGACUGUGUCUCUGGACCGGUUCAAAUGCGCAUUGGACCGGUCCACAGAAUUGAAGGAUCUGAUACAAAGACAUAGGUACAAUGUCACGCGGUUGUGGGUGUCCACAUUAAUAGCCGGGGAUGAAGUGAAACAUGUAGCGAGGCUAGUGCAGCAGAGUUCCGCCCAUCAUUGGUGGGAUAUUUUAUCUGGAAUGUCUGUAACUGCCAGGAAAACCAUACUGCCACCCUUGUUUAUUUUGGCGGGAUGCUUAAUUAUAUUAACCUUAUGUAACGUAUUCACUUGCUUGUAUGUUAGACGAGCUAAAAGACAGCUUGAGAGAAUAAUUUUUAAUCAGUGGUAGUAUUAUGCGAAUUGCUGUGUGUGAAAGCGAUGCCCCUUUUGGGCUUACCAAAAUUGAGGUAAUUGUGGAAAGCGGGGGACCGGAUAUUUGUGUUUGGAAUUUUCAUGUUGCGGGGAAUAUGAUGUGGGGUGAAUUUGUCUGUGACACACGGGCGGAUUUACUUGAGAGGGUGCAACACGAUCUGGUUAAUUGGAAUAAUUGGGAGGGGAACAUGAUGAAUAAUGCUAUGUUAUGGACGGUGGAAGAUUUUAUGAAUUGAGGAAAAUGAUUAUCAGAACAUCAAGAGUGGAAUGUGAGAAAGGGUGAUGGGUUUGUGUUGUUCUGAACAUUCAUUUCCCAGGAUACGAAUGUGAGAAAGGAUGAUGGGUUUGGGAAGUAUCUUGUUAUUGUUAUCUGCUGACCUUGCCUACCAGGUGCUUGUUAUGUACUGAGGAAGACAGAACACUCAUAUAACCAAACUAGGUUGCCUGGCGCCUGUUUUGUUAAAAACAGUAACUCUGUGUGCGAAUGCCUGAGUUUCGGGGCCGGCCACCCCGUUCUCACGCUCGCACGAACAGACUGGCAUAAAGAGGGGAGAGCGAAAACACCUAGACGGAGUCUGCUGCGGGUUGUGAUCGAACGCCCAGCCGAUUGAUGCGAACUCUUCCACGGGUGUUGGCUCUCCACCCUGUUGGCGUAGGUAAGAGGCUUUUUCGCUGCAAUCAUAUAUCUUGUGUGUUGAUGCUUAAAUAAAUGCGCCCUUGU